CCGAAAAAAAAAAAUUCUUGCCUUUUCGAUCACAUGUCACAUUUUUUUGUUUCGAAAAUUUUUUUUUCAAAAAUUUCAAAGAUUUUUUCAAGAUAAAAAUUUGCAACAAAAAAUGGAAUUAUUGUCCGAAACAGGUUUACGUAUUGAUGGACGUCGUCCAAAUGAAAUCCGGAAAAUUAAUUGUAAAUUAGCCGUAUUCGAACAAGCGGAUGGUUCGGCUUAUUUUGAAAUUGGUAAUACAAAAGUAUUGGCCGCUGUUUAUGGACCGCAUGAAAUAAGUGAACAGAAUAAAAAUAAAUCCAUUCAUGAUCGUGCCAUUAUUAAUUGUCAAUAUUCAAUGGCAACAUUCAGUACAUCGGAAAGAAAAUCCCGGCCACGUGGUGAUUUUCGUUCACAAGAAAUUAAUGCCUAUUUAAAUGAAAUAUUUGAAACAGUUAUUAUAACUGAACUUUAUCCACAUUCACAAAUUGAUAUCUAUUUGGAAGUUCUACAAUCCGAUGGUAGUAAUUAUAGUGCAUGUGUUAAUGCUGCAUCAUUAGCAUUGAUACAUGCCGGUAUUCCGAUCAAAGAUAUUAUCUGUUCAUGUUCAGCCGGUUAUUUUAAUCAAAUUUCAUUAGUUGAUCUAAAUUAUCUUGAAGAAUCAAUCCAUUCCAUUCCAACUAUAUGUAUUGCUUUGCUGCCAAAAUCAAAACAAACCGUUUCGAUUGAAUCAAAUGGUAGAAUUAAUGUUGAUUCAUUGGAAAAAAUGAUCUCCGAUGUAAGUGAUGGUUGUCAACAAAUAUUGACGGUAAUGAAAACUGUAACAUCAAAUUAUAUUAAAGAAUUGAAUGUUUAGCAAAAAGGGUUGAAAAAAAUUAUAUUUUU